AUGUCUGUGUCUGUGAAACGAUUGUGCCACAUUGGCUUCCACGUUCCUGAGAGGCAGCAGCUGGCCAAGGACUUAAUACAAAAGUUUGGCUUUGAACUGUUUGCUGCUCGAGUUACAGCAUGGAGCAAGCAGCUGGCCUUGAGAAGAGGGGCUGCAGUUUUUGUUGUCAAUGAGAAGCUGAAGCCAAUAAGGGGUGAAGUUCCACCUAUGUUCUCUUCGGGUCCCUGCAAUGAUCAUGGAAUCCUGUAUGAUGUGGAUCUGCAAUAUAAGGUCAGCACAGCUUCCAACAUUUGUUUUGAGAUGGAGGAUGUACCUGGCAUCUCCCGGAGCCUUCAGGACCAAGGAUGCCAAGUUCUUAUCCCUCCUACUAAUGUAGCCGAUGAGGGUGGCUGCGUCACUUAUGCAGUGGUGAGAUCCAUUGUGGGCAACAUCAGCCACACUUUGCUUGACCGAUCACGGUAUAGUGGACCUUUCCUACCUGGCUUUUGUGGAAUAGAGGGAGCCUCCAAAGACUUUAAGAGAGCUAGGGAGGUCACGCAUUUUGACCACAUCACAUAUGCUUGUCCUCCAGGCAGUUCUCAAGCAGUGCUGAACUGGUACAAGAACUGCUUUGGUUUCCAGCGCUUCUUUGUCCACCAGCAGGAUGCUGCUGAAGGUUAUAAAAUCCAGGGAGCUGGCAUGGGUCUUCGUCUUACUGCCAUGCAUUGCAAUGGGAGUGGCUUGAAUCAGCUUGAUCAUGACUGUAAGCUUGUUCUGGCUGAGUCAUUACCACAGCAAAGGAAGAACCAGGUUGAUACCUUCUUAGAGCAACAUGGAGGCGCAGGCAUCCAACAUGUAGCACUCCACACCACGGAUAUCAUAAGAACUGCUGCAGCCAUGGCAAAGUCUGGUGCAAACUUUGUAGAACCACCUUUAACCUACUACAGUGAGAGUGGCAGGGUGAAUGAGAUACAACAAGUUGGGCAGGAUCCUCAUCUUCUGGAACACUAUGGCAUCCUCCUGGAUUCUGAGGUAGCUAGGGAAGGAGGCAACACUGGUCUAGGCCUUUGCAGUAAACAAUAUCUGAUGCAGAUAUUCACUAAACCCCUCUUUGUGGAGGACACUUUUUUCCUGGAGCUCAUAGAACGAUGUGGGGCUGUAGGUUUUGGGGAGAAAAACAUCCGUGCUCUCUGGAGAGCAGUACAAAACUACAUGGACAAGUAG